GAAAUUGUUACACAAAGCAAUAGUGGUCCACUCAAUAGUUGUAGCCUUUGUUUGUUCUUUUCCUCUGUAUUCAGAUACACCCCAAUCUCUUCAGACACAGAGAGAAACCGUCUCUCAUCAACAAAUCUUAGCCUUAUAUCUUCCUCCAUAUACAUCUCCCGUGACCACUGUACCUAAAACCCCUCUUUCUCUUUCUUUCUAUAUUUAUACAUAUGCCAACCCUAAAACCCUUCUGAAUUCCUUUAUACCCUCAUUUCCAUUCUUAGAUAUUUCUCUACCAAAAGUCCCAUUUUUCAAAGUGCUUUCUUGAAUUCAGUGCUUCAUCUUCUUCCUUAGCUCAAUUCUUGGCCAAAGGGCAAAUCCAAGCAAAUUCUCUCUUUCUUGAGUUUUGACUUGAUGAUAGAGUGGUUUGUUUAUCCAUUGUCCAUUUGUUUUGUUUGGUGAGUUGAAGCCAAAUUUCUUUUUUAAAUGUUAGAGUGAACUAGUGCUGCAAAAAGAAAAUGCUUUGGAAAGUUUGGUUUAUAGUGAAAAAGAGUGUACUUUUUAGGGUUUAAGAGUCUGUUAUUGUACUAUUUUGGUUUAUGUCCUUACAAAAACAUAGUACUUCUUUGGAAAACUUCACCAAAACCAAUACAAUUCUUGCCAAUUGGUACUUUUUCUCUAGCUUCUUCUUUGUUCUUUCCCAAUUUGGAAGUUCAGUUCUGAUUUGCAGGCCUAAGAAUUCACCUGAUUUUUGAGAAUUAAGUCUGAAUUGCUUAAUGGGGUUUUCAAGAAUUCAUCAUUGAAUUCCAAGAUUUCAAUUCUUGAAUUUCUUCUCUGUUUUUCCCCUGUUUCUCUUUUAGCACAAUGUCUUCUUGGUUAACGGGUGGUGGAAGGGCAGCUUAUAAAUUGGAUUUAGAUAUUAUAAAAUCUCCAUCUAAUUCAUGGACUUCACAAUCAUCUUCACCUUCUUCAACUCUUUCAGAAUCUAGCAAUUCUCCUAUUGCUGUUUCCACUAGAAAACCUCGAACCCCUCGAAAAAGGCCUAAUCAAACUUACAAUGAAGCUGCAGCCCUUCUAUCCACAGCCUAUCCCAAAAUAUUCAACACAAAACACCUCACUAAGCCUUGGAAAUUCCCAAAGCCACACUAUCCCUUCUUAUAUGAAUCCUCAGACUUAGUUGUGCCUUAUAAAAUGGUCGAAAAUUCGGGGUAUUUAAUCCAUCCACCAUUGCUAGAAAAACCCAAUUGCCCAAUUGAGCAAAGGUCAGUGAGUUGUUGUGACAAACCAUGCCAAAGUCCAGGGGAAAUUGACUCCAAAGGGAGUAGUUUUUUAGAGGUUUGUGAUGAAUUUGAAGAAGAUUUUGAUGAAGAGUCAAUUUUGGAUGAGGAAAUUGAAGAGGGUGUGAUUGAUAAUAUUAUGGGGAAGCUAAUUGUGGAGAAAGAACCAUUGAAUGAGUCCAAUUUUAGUCAUAGUUUUGGUAGUACUUGUUAUGGUUUUCCAAUAGGACUAGGAUUUGAAAAUGGAUACCUCCAAUAUGAUUUUGGCAUGAGAAGUGGAGUGCGACCAUUGAGAAAUGUGGAUGACGGGGAUUGGUGGAAGUAUCCUAGUGUAAAUGUCAUCGACAUUACUCCAAAAUUUAGCAAACCGCCGAUACAAAAAAAGAAGAAGAAAAGCUCGAAACCAUCAUCAACAAAAGAUAAUUCGACUCCAAAAAGGACGAACAAGGACAAUUCGAGUCAAUCAACCAAAGAAGAGGUUAAAGUUCCAAAGCCAAAAUCCGAGUUGCUCCUAAAAUUGAACUACGACAACGUUUUGAACGCGUGGUACGAUAAGGAGUCGCCGUUCUCCGAUGAAAUGCCGGGAUCGGAGGCUGCCGGAAAUGAUGUCAGAGCCAGAUUGGCACAAAUAGACCUAUUCUCAGAGAAUGGAGGCGUGAGAGAGGCUGGUGUGUUACGUUACAAAGAAAAACGACGUACACGUUUGAUCUUUAAAAAGAAUUUCACCAACUUAGAAAAUCCGAUCGAUAAUGCAUAAUGAAGGGUAUUUUUGUGAAAAGACCAAAUUCGCCAGAGAAUGAGCUAGGAUGAACAAGAACAAGUUUUGUUUGAUACUAGAGUAUGAUUUUUCUAGCAUUCUUAGGAUCGUUUUACCUUUUGUUUUUUGGGUAUUUGCAGUUUUGUUUCUCUAAUUUCAGGUUUUUUCUUUUUAAAUUUCUUUUGUCUUGUUAAAUUGAUAAUAAAGUACCAAGGAAGAUAGACUAGUUAAGACAAGCAAUAUGAAGCAGAAUAGUUGAACUUUUUCUUCC